AUGGGGAGGGUGGCAGCACACGGCAGAGCAGUGCGCCUGCUCCAGGGCCUUCUGACCAUGGCAGACCAGGAGCCUGGGAGCCUCCGGGAGGCCAAUCCCAAGGGGCUGACGUCAGCCCUGGUCCUUGAAGCUCUGGGGCUGUUUCAGCAGCACAUGCCCCGCAGCCCCGGCCCUGGCGAGGACGGGGGCACCGACGAGGACCGGCUGAACCGCAACUCCCUAGCCCGCUCCAUUAAGAAGAUCACGCUGUCCAACCGUUACGGGGAGGCUGGUGCGGGGAACGCGGGGAGACCCGGGGACCCUGCCCGGGUCGGCAGCGAGAGGAACCACAACAACAACAACAGCAGGACAGGGAAAGCUCAGUUCAAGGUCUUUCUCAGGAAGGACGUGGAUGCAGAGGAUGAGCAGCAGGAGCCUGGAAAUCUUCAGACCAGUGUUUUCCGCUCUCCAGUGGACAGAUGUUCUCCCUAUUAUGCGCUGGCAGGAUCCCCUGUGUCAUCACCCCAGAAAGAGAGUCCUAAGGGCAAGGAAUCCACUGCAGCACCAAGAUGCAGUGGACGAAGCACAGUGGGAGCAGCCCUCCUCCUCGACCCAAGUCCUCUGGUAGCCCAGUUCAACCGGGAGAUGCUGCAGGCGGAGGGCUGGGUGCGAGGCAAGUUGCGGGACCUAAAGGACGGCUGCGAUCUCCAGGACUGGGAGGAGGUGGCUCAGACCUUGCAGCGGGACAUGAAGGAUUUUGAGAACACUCUGAUAAAGCUCAACCAGAUGGGUGAGCAGCUGAUGUGGCAGGCAAGCCCCAGUGCUGAGGCAGUGCGGAGGCAGCUGCUGGCCCUGCAGGGUCAGUGGCAGCUCCUGAAGCAGACAGCUGCCAGCCAGAGCAAAGCCCUGGGUGGGCUACGGAGUCUGCAGGACUUCAACAGGAAAGCUGAGCGGCUGGAGGCAUGGAUCAAGCACAAGGAGGAGAAGCCAUCUCUGGCAGCCCUUCUACAGGAAAGCCCAGACAAGAUCCAGCUCACCCGCCGCAUCCUUGACUUGAAGCAGGAGGAGCAGCAAUUCCAGAGUCUGCACAAGGAGGUGAACAGCCUGGCCCAGAAGCUGGAGAAGCAAGGCAAAAGUGAGAGCAGGAACAUCUCAGCCCGGCGCAAGCACCUCAACAAAACGUGGCUGCGGCUGCAGGGGACUCUGAAGGAGCACCACGAGACUCUGCAGCUGGCCCUGGAGGUGUCCGCCUUCUUCCAGCAAGCGGAUAUCCUGCUCGGGGCCAUUCAUGUGAAGCAGAGCAGCAUCUGCGGCACAGGGAAGUCAGUGGAGGGUGUGCCAUGCCAGGAUCGGGAUGUCAGGGACAUAGCCAGCCAGGUGAUGAUGCUGGAUGUGACCGUGUCCCAGCUCCUAAACCUGCAGCCCAGCCUGGCAGCCCAGGUCACCUCAAAGCACCAAGAUGUCAAGGAGAGCUGGGCACAGCUCCAGCAGGCACUGAGGUCAGAGAAGGCUCCAGCCCUGGCAAACAUUUCCCCAGGGAGCAAAGCUGUGGCUCUGAAUGUUGAGCCCCGAGGAGAUAAUAGCAGCCAUGGGACUGUGGGAAAGGAAGCAGGAGCCAAAUGGACAAGAGGACUCGGGAGCAUGGUGGCAACAGAUGUGCUGGGGAAGAUGGCAGAGCACAAGAGAGGGGAGGAGAGCAGCCCUUGCUCCCCAGUGGGACAGCCCCCUCAUGGAGGGGACAACAAAAGGAGGAGGAGAGAGGCAGAGACUGAGUGGGGAAUGCAGCAGCUGGAGGUCCAAGUGCAGGAUGUCUGCCAGGCAGUGAACACAACUCUGUCCCUGUACAAUGAGAGUGUGGGUCCUGGAGUCUCCCCAUGUCCUGUGGAGAGCCUGAAGGCAGCACGGAUACAGCAGAAGCCCCUGGACCACAGCUCCAGUGUCAGGGCUGUGCUCCUGGAGGGGCCAAUGCCAGGGAGGCCCCCGGGGAGCCCAAAGGUGAAGGCCAUGCUGCGAGAACUGGGGGAGUUGUGGGAGGACCUGCAGAGGAAGCACCAGGAGAACGGCGUUGUGCUGCGAGAAAUCGAUAAGGCACUGAGGCUGGUGGGGGAGCUGGACCAGGCUGAGCGGUGGCUGCAAGCUGUGUCAGGGUCGCUCUCAGAACCAGCCGCCAUGAGAAGCCCGGUGGAGCUGCGCCAGGACCUGGAAGAGAUGGGCCAGCUGGAGAAGCAGCUCCUGACGUGUGGCCUCAAGCUACAGGCACUGCGGGAGGAAGCAGCAGGCGAGUCGCCCACUGAGCACGAGGGGGCGAGGAAGAUGCAGAGGAAAGUGGAGAUGGUGGAGGAGAAGUUGGCACAUGUGCAGGCAGCCCUGCGGCGCCGGGCAGCAGAUCUGCGGGACUCCCUGGUGCUGUCUGAGUUUCUGCAGGACCUACAAGAAGAGGAGGCACAGAACCAGCAGGGAUCUGCAGCGCCAGGGAGCAGGUGUUGCAGCUUGCAGGGGUCUUUUCCCCUACUGUCAGCCCAGGCUGAGCAGCCUCCGAGCAGUGAGGACAUGAGCAGCCCCUUGGGAGAGUUGCAGGAGGCUGUGGAGAUGCUGAAUGAUGCAGCGAAGGAGCGGGAGCGAGUCAUGGAGGUGGCAGCGGAGAUGGAGAGCCUGGAGCAUCUGGUGGCAGAGGUAUCCCCUCAGCUGGAGGCCCUUCGAUGCAGAGCCAAGGUGUUGGCUCAAGACAUUGCUCGAGCAGAGAGCAGCUUCACCACGGUGAAGAGCGAGAAGGACCUCCAAGGGCUGCAGGGCUUGCUGAGCCGCCAGCAGGAGAUGGAGCAUGCAGUGUCAGAGACCCUGCAGGGACAGUUGGAGGAGCUGGAGAGGGCAGCUGCCCGCUUGCAAGAGUUGUGCCCCACUCAGCAGUGCCCCACCACCCGGCAGGUGCAGGAGACGCUGUGGGCGUGGGCAGGGCUGCGAGAGCUGCUGUGGGAGACUCGGACCCGAGUGCAACAGGCCAGCCGGCUGUGGCACUUCUUCAAGGAUUAUUUAGCCAUGAUCUCCUGGACAGAGGACACACGGGCUCAGAUCUUCUCUGAAAGCCCAAGCAGCCCCAGCCUCCCAAAAACUCCAUGUGAAGAACUGGAGAGGAGGAUCGAAGAGAAGCUCAAGGAGUUUGAGGCACUGGCAGCAUCAGGGCAGCAGCUGGUGUCUGAGGAGCACUACCUGAGUGCAACAAUAAAGGAGCGCUUGGAGGAGCUGCAGAGCAUGCUGGGCUGGGUGCUGGUGCGCUGGCGAGCACAGAGGCACCAGCAGGACCUGGAGAGCAAGGAGGACAGGAGGGACCCAGAGAGCUCCUCAAGCACAUCCCUUACCAGCCAAGAGCAGCACAUCUCAUGUGCACUGUCCCAUCUGGAAAGCGUCCACAGCCCAGUGGAGUUCAUGCCCUGCUCCCUCCUUGAGCCUGUGCAAAGUUCAGAGCCAUGGCUGGCAGGGGAAACAGCCAUCUCCGCACUGGCAUCACCCCUCUCAGAAGCCCCAUCGGGAGCGGAGCAGAGCUGGGGGACACCCAGCAGCAAAACACCUCGUGGUGCAGGAUCCCCCAAGGAGCCUGUCACCUGGGAUCCUGCUGAGACCUCCACGCUGCUGCUGCCACCACGGGGCCCCAGUGGUCUCGGGGGGACGGUCAACCUCAUCCUCAGCGUUGGCAAGAAGGGUGAGAAGAAGAAGGCACAGCCGCUGGCUGGCGGCGAGCGGCCAGGGGAGGAGGCACUGCAGACGGUAUGUGCAGGAUGGUAG